ACUGAAACAGUGGGUCAUUAAUCAUUUUAUAAGAUACAUUGAAACUUGGGAAGUGCGUAUUCACACACACAACGCAUAAUAGAAAGAAGUGAAAAUGGAUUCCAAGACACUAAAGGCCGAUAAGCCUCAUGCAGUUUGUAUUCCAUUUCCAGUUCAAAGCCACAUAAAAGCAAUGCUCAAGUUUUCAAAGCUUCUCCACCAUAAAGGCUUUCACAUCACCUUUGUUAACACUGAGUUCAACCGCCGGCGUUUUCUGAAAAUUAGAGGUCCCAACUCCUUAGAUGGUUUGUCUGACUUCCGAUUCGAAACCAUUCCAGAUAACCUCCCUCCAUCGGAUCCAAAUGCCAGCCAAGACCUGUCUUCUCUUUUCAAUUCCAUUACGAAAAACUUCUUGGCCUCAUUUUCUAACCUUCUUAUGAAACUCAACAGUGCAACUUCAAACGUUCCUCCAGUGACUUGUAUUAUCUCAGACGGUUUCAUGCAAUUCACCAUCAACGCUGCUCAGGAACUCGGAAUCCCAAUUCUAAUGUUCUUCACUAUCUCCGCUUGUAGCUUAAUGGGUUACAUGCAGAUUCCUCCUCUCAAGGAUAAAGGCAUCAUUCCACUUAAAGAUAAGAGUUAUUUAACAAAUGGGUAUUUGGACACAGUUAUAGAUUGGAUUCCAGGUAUGAGAGGCAUUCGACUCAAGGAUCUCCCAAGCCAGGUUCGAACCAUAGAUCCAAAUGAUGCUAUCUUUAAAUUUGUGAUCGAAACAGCAGAGAGAGCUCCUACGGCUUCAGGAAUUGUUAUUCAAACAUUUGAUGCAUUAGAGCAAGAAGUUUUGGAUGCUCUCUUGACCAUGUUUCCUCAUGUAUAUGCCAUUGGCCCACUCCAACCACUGCUCAAUCACUUACCCAAUGACCCUUUAAAAUCAAUUGGAUAUAGCUUAUGGGAGGAAGAAAAUGAGUGCCUCCAAUGGCUUAACUCUAAGGCGCCCAACUCUGUAAUAUAUGUGAAUUUUGGCAGCAUAGUUGUCGUGACACCAACACAAUUGGUUGAGUUUGGUUGGGGACUUGCAAAUAGUAAAUAUUUAUUUUUGUGGAUAAUUAGACCUGAUUUAGUUGUUGGUGAAUCCACAAUAUUGCCACCUGAGUUCAAGUUAGAAACUAAAGAAAGGGGUCUGAUAGCUAGUUGGUGCCCUCAAGAAGAAGUGUUGAACCACCCCUCAAUUGGAGGGUUCUUAACACAUAGUGGGUGGAAUUCAACUAUUGAAAGUGUGUGUGCAGGAGUACCAAUGCUUUGUUGGCCAUUCUUGGGAGAUCAACAAACAAACUGUAAGUAUACUUGCAAUGAAUGGGGCAUUGGCAUGGAGAUUGAUAAUAAUAUCAAGAGAGAGGAAGUGGAAAAGAUUGUGAAAGAGUUGAUGGAAGGAGAAAAGGGUAAGAAAAUGAAGAAAAAGGCCAUGGAGUGGAAAAAGUUAGCUGAAGAGGCCACUGAGCCACUUGGUUCUUCAUCCAUUAACUUGAACAAUUUGGUGAAUGAAGUGCUUUUAUCGAAAUGAUAGAUGUUUUAGAAAUAAAAGUGAUAAUAAUUUUAUUAUAAUUCAUGAAGAUUUAUUAUAAUAGCUUGAAUGUACCAAUAACGCAUUACAUAAUUAUGUUAAGUGAAUUUUACUAAUCA